ACGAGUUAGUUGCAUUUUAUUACAACUAGCUACUUUCUUUAUUUUCUCCUACACUUGAGGAAAACUUAUUAACAUAUUGUUUGCAUUGCUAGCUAGUAAACAAACAAUGGCGAGUAUUGAAGAGAUCCGCAAGGCACAGCGCGCUGACGGGCCAGCCACCAUCUUGGCUAUCGGCACCGCCACGCCGCCGAAUUGUGUGUAUCAGGCUGAUUAUCCGGACUACUAUUUCCGUGUUACAAAGAGUGAGCAUAUGACUGAUUUGAAGGAGAAAUUUAGGCGCAUGUGUGACAAAUCAAUGAUAAAGAAACGUUACAUGUAUUUGACAGAAGAAAUUCUUGAAGAGAACCCAAAUUUGUGUGAUUAUAUGGGUACAUCAUCAUUAGACACUAGACAAGAUAUUGUGGUAGCUGAAGUUCCUAGGCUUGGCAAAGAGGCUGCAGUGAAGGCAAUCAAAGAAUGGGGUCAACCCAAGUCCAAGAUCACACAUGUGAUUAUGUGCACCACUUCUGGUGUUGAUAUGCCUGGAGCUGACUACCAGCUCACUAAGCUCCUUGGCCUCCGUCCAUCAGUCCGCCGCUUCAUGCUCUACCAACAAGGUUGCUUUGCUGGUGGCACGGUCCUUCGCCUUGCUAAGGACCUCGCCGAGAACAACCGUGGAGCACGUGUCUUGGUGGUGUGCUCCGAGAUCACGGCCAUUUGCUUUCGUGGCCCUACUGAGACCCACUUAGACUCUAUGGUGGGACAAGCUCUUUUCGGGGAUGGAGCUGGAGCUUUGAUCGUAGGUGCUGAUCCAGUUGAAUCCCUUGAACGACCUUUAUUUAAAAUGGUCUCGGCAGCACAAACUUUACUCCCGGACUCUGAGGGAGCAAUUGAUGGCCACUUACGUCAAGUAGGCCUAACUUUUCAUUUAUUAAAAGAUGUUCCUGGCCUUAUUUCUAAGAACAUUAAUAAGGCCCUUGAGGAUGCCUUCACUCCACUUGGAAUUGAUGAUUGGAACUCCAUCUUUUGGAUUGCUCACCCAGGUGGUCCAGCUAUUCUUGACCAAGUUGAGGCCAAAUUAGGCCUUAAAGAGGAUAAACUCACGGCCACUCGCAAUGUGUUAAGCGAGUUUGGUAACAUGUCUAGUGCUUGUGUUCUCUUCAUCUUAGACGAAAUGAGGAAGAAGUCGUCUAAAGAAGGGAAAUCUACCACCGGUGAAGGGCUCGAUUGGGGUGUCUUGUUUGGGUUUGGGCCAGGCCUUACUGUCGAGACCGUUGUACUCCACAGUGUUCCUUUAAACCAUUAAAGUCCUUAUUUACUCAAGUUCGUCACUUUUGUCGCUUUAUUUACUACCAAUCAGGUAAAAAUACUUCCUUGAAGCGAUGUAAGACCAAUUUAUCUAGUGAGUACUAUGCUUUUAUUUAGAUAUCCGGAUGGAAUAUGUAGUCACUCCGAUCCCUUGGAGUAAUGUAAAACCAAUUUAUCUUGUACUAAUAAUGCAUUACGUACUACUAAUUAAUACUAUAUACUACUGUGUAACGGUUUAUGGACAUGUUUUUGAUGCAAUUUGCUAAGUGUAAGAAUUUGUUGAAGACA